AUGAAAUUAGCAUCUACAGCCUUUUUGCUAACAGGAGUAGCAAUGACAUAAAAAUAAUAACAAAAUAGCAUGUGCCUUACCAUAACAUAAAUAGAAAAAACAUCUUUUUAAUAAUAAUCCAAUAAUAACUUAAAAUCAAUGUAUUCUAUUCAUAGUUUGUCUGAAAAAAGCUUUAAAUCCUUUUUUUGUGAUAUCAUUUUUUGGGGUAGUUCAUUGCUAGUAGCCUCAAUACUAAAAUGGAAAAUAAACAUUAACUCUUUUACUAAAAAUAGCUUAUUUAAGAGUUUAUUUGGAAUUCAUAUUGAUAUUUUCAACAAAAAGUUCUUAUCAACAAUAAAUUAAUAAUAAAGACGUUUUACUUCUACUUAGCCAAUAUACUAAAUUGAUAAAGUUAAUGUACAACAAAAUACAAAUAAACUCCUUUUUGAUCCUUAUUUUGGAGUCUCUGCAAGUAGUCCUAAUGCAAUAGGAUUAAUUUAGCAGAUGGAAUAUUAUGAUGAAAAAAAUAAUAAUUGGAAAAAUUACGGAUACUCGUAUCAUAGAUAAUUAGAAAAAUAAAAUUUGUUUGAAGAAGGUGUAUUUUAUCAAAUCGAUAGGAUGGAGAUAUAAAAUUGGGAAAUUUAUCUUGAAACAAGUAAUAUUUUUAUACCUAAUUCUGUAAAAGUAGGUGAACAUGAAUUAGAAGUAUCAUAGUAUUUUAAUAUAGCAGAAAGAAAAAAAUAAAUAUAGAUAGAUGUAAAUCUUAUUGAAAACUAUUACGAAAGUAUUCAAAAAGAAGAAAAUUAAUAAAUAUCUGAAUUAGAAUAAUUACCAAAAAGGUUAAUUACUUUUUCAAUUAUAAAAGAAAAUCAUCCUUUCAAAGUAGCUUAAUAAAAAAAUAAGAAAAUUAUUUUUGAAAAAAAUUAUAUUUAUAUAACAAAAAAUCUUAACUCUUAUUCUGAUCGUGAUCAAAGAAUUUCUUUCCAUGAAUUAAUUCCAAGUGAAGAGGCUACCAUAUUUAUUUCUUAGGGUUAGAUAAUGGGUGGAAAAUACUUAAAUAUGUUUUUAUCAGGAUUUUAAAUAGCUAAAAAAGGGAGAAUUAAUGAUCAGAACGAGUUAGUUUAAGAAUUAACCAAAAACCUUAACCUUUAAGGAACUAAAUAUAGAAAUGGAAUAUUUUAUUAAUAAAAUGUAUGUUUUGAAUAAGAAUAAAAUAAAAAAAAUUAUUUUUUGAGAAUACUUGCUAUUUUAGCUUUAAUUUAUUACUUAAAUUUUGCUGAUAGACUAGGAUUAAAUACUUUUAAAUGGGGAUCAUGCUUAAGUUUAAAUCAUAGCUUUGCAAUAAAUUUAUAUAAGUAUGGGUUAAUAAAUUUCAAAUUUUUGAAUUUGUAUUUCCUUUUGCCCUAUACCUUUGCUUGGAUAAUGUAUUAUAAUGAAGAAAAUAAAUAAAUUUAUUUAGAUAAAUCUCAAUAAAAUCAAUAAUUAUGUGCAUAAGAUACUUAAUAAUAUUUACAAUAAGAUAUUAAAGUGGAAAGCGAAAUAGGUUAACAAAAAUUUAUUGAGUAGGAGUUAAGAAAUUAAAAUGAAUUAUUAUUUAAUAAAAUUAUUGAUUAAAAUUUUAAUUAAAAACCAAAAAUUUGA